UUGAGUUUUUGACAUUUGAUAUCGAAUUUUCAAAGCAAAGAUUCAAUUUCAAUUCAAAGCAAAGCAAAAAAUGGCUUCUACUGGAAUUGGAAUGUGUGAAUCGCCCGGUUGCAAAUCAAUCGCUCAGUUACAGUGUCCGACAUGUAUAAAACUUGGCAUACAGGGGUCUUUCUUUUGCAAUCAAGACUGUUUCAAAAAGUCAUGGAAAUCUCACAAAAUUAUCCACUCAUUGGCGAAGGGUGAAAGUACUGAUGGUUCGAACGUUGAGUAUAAUCCGUGGCCGUCGUAUAAUUUUACGGGGAAAUUGAGGCCCUUUCCGGCCGGUCCGAAGAGAACAGUGCCUCCGCAUAUAGGUCGUCCCGAUUACGCCGACCACCCAACCGGUUUCCCUGCCUCAGAAAACGCUGCGAAAGGUUCUGGACAAAUUAAAGUUUUGGACGAUGAAGAAAUUGAAGGAAUGCGUGUCGCCUGUCGACUUGGUCGUGAAGUACUUGAUGAAGCCGCCAGAGUUUGUGAUGUUGGGGUGACAACUGAGGAAAUAGACAGAGUGGUCCACGAGGCUUGCAUUGAGCGGGAAUGUUAUCCCAGUCCAUUGAAUUACCACAACUUCCCAAACAGUUGUUGUACAUCAGUUAAUGAAGUUAUAUGUCAUGGGAUACCAGAUUUACGUCCAUUGCAGGACGGUGAUAUCUGCAAUGUAGAUGUAACAGUCUAUCACAGAGGUUUCCAUGGUGAUUUAAAUGAGACCUUUUUCGUCGGCACCAUACUGGAAUCGAGUAGGAAACUUGUUCAAGUCACAUACGAGUGUUUAGAGAAAGCGAUCAAUAUUGUAAAACCUGGAGAAAAGUAUAGAGAGAUUGGAAAUGUGAUUCAAAAGCAUGCGCAGGCGAAUGGAUUGAGUGUUGUUCGAUCAUACUGCGGUCAUGGUAUACACAGACUGUUUCAUACAGCACCUAAUGUUCCGCAUUACGCCAAGAAUAAGGCAGUUGGUGUGAUGAAGCCGGGACAUUGUUUUACCAUAGAGCCUAUGAUAAACGAGGGUGGAUGGCGAGAUGAACAGUGGCCGGAUCACUGGACUGCGGUCACUGCGGAUGGAUCUCGUUCUGCUCAGUUCGAGCAGACGCUGCUGGUGACGGAGACGGGGUGCGAGGUGCUGACGGCGCGCGCGCGCGGCUCGCCCUGGUUCCUGGACCAGCUGGAGGCGCUCAACGCCAACUCCUGAACCCUCGCCCUGCCCCCGCAUUGAGGUAAUCACUUAAAAUUUCAAGGCUGUGGUAAAAAGCUUCAAUGCAAAUGUAGAUAGAAAUAUGAAUCAUAACUAGAAAAGUACACUAAAAUAUUUUUAUAACAAUCUCAAUGUGCGGGCAAUAUUUAAUGUUUAAAAUAAAGUUAUUUUAUCUUAA